AUAACACUCACUACCCACGAUUCGAUAUCCCACUUCGCGCAAAACCCCGAGUCUUUCUCUUCGAGAUUAGUUUCAAGUUCUGCAGGCGUUUUCGAAUCUCACGAAAGGAUGUCUGCUCAACCCGGCUCACCUGAUGCUGGUCUCGUAGCCGCGCAAGCUGCUCCAUCGCAGGAGAAGCCUGUGGAUGCUGCGGCGCCUCCCGCGACGGCCCCGGCGACUGGAGCGACUGAUUUGGAGAAGAAGGUCGAGGAGCUCAACAUCAAUGACGGCGACAAGAAAGUCGAGGCUGGUGAAGCUCCCGCCGCACCACCAGCAGCUCCCGUAGCAGAGGAGAAGACGACUGAGCCCACCGCCGUUGCGCUAGAGGACAAGAAACUUGACGACGCACCCGCUGCCGUCGCACCCUCGACCUCCGGACCAACAUGGCCAGAGACGGGCCCCGAGCACCCCCUCACCACCUUCUUCAACGACCUCCCCGAGCUCACGAAGGAGGCCGCCCACAGCGAGAUCUGGGGCAUCCAGCUCUCCGCCGACAACGCCUUCCACACGAAGCUCAUCCUGCAGAAGUUCCUCCGCGCCAACCAGAACGACCUCGCCAAGGCGAAGCACCAGCUCUCCGAGACGCUCAAGUGGAGGAAGGAAUUCGACCCCGUCGCCGCAGCGCAGGCCACGUACGAGAAGGACGUCUUCGAGGGACUCGGAUACAUCAUCGAGGCCGAGGGCGUUCCCGAGAGCGCCAACGAGAAGGAUGUCGUUACGUUUAACAUCUACGGCGCGGUCAAGGAUAAUAAGAAGACUUUUGGUGACCUGGACAGGUUCCUAAAGUGGCGCGUAGGCCUCAUGGAGCGCUCCGUCCAGAAGCUCAACCUCGCCUCUGCCACGAAGCCCAUCCCAGACUACGGCCAGGGCCCCGAUCCUUACCAAGGCGUGCAGAUCCACGACUACCUCCAGGUCUCCUUCAUCCGCCAGGAUCCAGUCGUCAAAACCGCAACCAACAAAGUCAUCAAGACGCUCGGCGACUACUACCCGGAGACGCUCUCCCGCAAGUUCUUCGUCAACGUGCCCGCCAUCAUGGGCUGGGUGUUCUCCGCCGUCAAGCUCGUCAUCUCCAAGGAGACGGCCCGCAAGUUCACCGUCCUCAGCUACGGCGACCAGCUCGCCGUCGAGCUCGGCAAGAACAUCCCCAAGGAGUACGGCGGCGACAGGGCCGAGCUCAAGGAGGUCGGCGAGGGCAUGGCGCUGCAGUAGGCUGGGCUAAGCCAAGCCGGCGGGCCAGCGAGUAUGCAGGCGGGAUUGGGGUUCGUGAAUUCGAACUGAGGAAUGAAGGGGAAAAGGAGAGACAGUGGCGGGGGCGGUAAUGUGGUGGGAGGUGUUUGAUGUCCAAUCCCCGAUAUCCAAUGGCGAAUGAGAGAAGGAGA